AUGCAGGGCGGGUCCACCAAGAACAACACGGACAGCAAACCCAAGUAUCUGGGCAGCAAGAUGAGCGACGGCCAGAUCGCGUUCCCGGGCCAGAUCAUCAUGCGGCAGCGGGGGAUGAGGUUCAAGGCGGGGGAGGGCGUCGGAAUGUCUGUCGACCACACCCUUUUCUCAAAAUCGGUCGGCAUCAUCAAGUACGCCCGCCACACCGAGCAGCUGCCGGGGCGGCCGCCGCGCGACGUGCGCCUGAUCAGCGUGGUGCCGCUGCAGGGGGACUACAGUGAGGGCUACAAAGACAAGGCGCUGCGCAUGGUCGCGGCCCGCAACGCACACCGGCAACGGCUCCUCGGGCUUCGGGCAAAGUAUUGA